AUGGCGAGUUUGAAUGCGUACGCCCAAUCCUUACGGAAUGAUAAGCGACUUGACAAAGAAUAUGAAGAAGGUGUGCCAUUUUUCGUGCCGCAAUUAUCAAAGGUCAAGACCAGUGUCAUGUGUCAAGGCAAAAGUCAAAAGCUUUUAUUCAAUUACGAGAGACGAUCAAGUGUCAGCCCAGAUCCUUCAUCUCCCUUGACAUUACCAUAUCGAAAACAAGGGAAUCAAAAGUUUUACACAGAAGAGAAUUUAAAGAAGCGACAGAAAUUAAUGGGAAACCCUAAAAUUUUGAAAGCCAUUGAACGAUUUUGGGACACUUUUGCUUGUAUAAGACGUGGAGGUGAUACGAUCUCCAUGCGCGAGUACGUGGACGUUUUUAUGAAAUUAUACAAAGCUUUAGUCACUCCUAGUGAUUUUUCUAUCGGUGAAGCGCGAUGCAUUGUCGAAAAAGAUUGGGCAAAGGAUUCUGACAAUUGCGAAAGACUGUCAAAAACUCUUUUUGUGAGCGCAUUAUUUGAGGUGGUCGAUAUUUGGACCACAAAUAUUGGUGUGAAAGAGUAUAUCGCUUUUCUUAACAAACUUUUCAAACGAGUGACUGUGACGAUCUAUGAUCAUGUUAAGAUGCAGUGGAUGAUUGCAUUUGCAGAACUUGAUACAAUUCGGUCGUUCGAUGAUCCAAAUUUUAUCGAAGAGAAUGGUGAAGAAUGUGUUGACAAUAACAAUGUUACAAAUGAAGCGAACGCUGUGCCUAGACCCCCAUUUCUUCGAAACAAGACUCGGUCAGCAAGUGCGUUCUUGUCAGCUUCAAAUAAUGAUCGACUACCAGAGCUGAAUUUUGCUCGAAGAGGUCAGAACGAUGGCUGGAAUUCCUCAAGAAGUGACGAACUUAGCUACAGCUGUGAUGAUCAAUUGUUCGAGAAUGAAACAGCUAAGACGAGAUCGGAUGAAGGAUCGAAAGACAAGCGAAGGCAAUUUGAUGACGAGGUGCAGAGUGAACCUUCAACGGCACGGCUCUCUCGUCCGAUGUUUCCAGAUAUUUCACCACCGCACGUUCUACUUCAUCUUCCAAACAUUUAUUUGAAUCCUGAUCUUACUGAUGUACAUGAAGCAGAAUGUGCAGCACGUAGACGACUUCGACGCAACGCGAGGUUGGUACAAAAUGUGCGCCGUAUCCUCUCAUCGAACCAUCAGUUCCAAGCUUAA